UCGCGAAGGCCCGGGUGAGGGCGCCUUGAUGCCCACACUCAUCAUGGCGGCGUCGGAGUGACGCGCGGCCUGACGUCAUCCGGCGCCGGAAAAGAAGAUGGCGGCGCUCAGGUCCUUGUGGCGAUGCAGGGCACCUUCAGGGUCAUGGCUGCAGAGGAUGGCGCUGGGGGCAGCGCCCAGCAGAGGAAAGCAGUGGCAGCCUGAUGUGGAGUAUGUCCAGCAGUAUGGAGGUGCUGUCAUGUACCCCAGCAAAGACACAGAGAAAUGGGUUCCUCCUCCAUGGAACGACAAAGAUCCUCCAUUCGAAAAGCAAGUUUCCAACCUGACUAUCAAUUUUGGGCCACAGCAUCCUGCCGCUCAUGGCGUCUUGCGCUUGGUGAUGGAGCUGAGCGGGGAGAGUGUGAAGAAAUGUGACCCUCACAUUGGCUUACUUCAUCGGGGCACAGAGAAACUGAUAGAGUAUAAGACCUACCUCCAGGCUCUACCAUAUUUUGACCGGCUUGAUUAUGUCUCCAUGAUGUGCAAUGAACAAGCCUACUCUUUAGCAGUGGAGAAGCUGCUCAACAUCCGUCCACCCCUGAGAGCUCAAUGGAUCCGAGUUCUCUUUGCUGAAAUUACACGCCUCUUGAACCACAUCAUGGCCAUUACUACACAUGCCCUGGAUAUCGGGGCCAUGACUCCCUUCUUCUGGAUGUUUGAGGAAAGAGAAAAGAUGUUUGAAUUCUAUGAGCGAGUUUCUGGUGCUCGGAUGCAUGCUGCUUAUGUCCGCCCAGGAGGAGUCCAUCAGGACAUGCCCCUGGGCCUGAUGGACGAUAUCUACGAAUUUGUGAAGAAUUUCUCCAUCCGGAUAGAUGAGGUGGAAGAGAUGCUCACUAACAAUCGAAUCUGGAAGAACCGAACUGUCGAUAUUGGAGUGGUGACCUCAGAGGAAGCCCUCAAUUACGGCUUUAGUGGAGUAAUGCUUCGUGGCUCAGGGAUUCACUGGGAUCUUCGUAAAACCCAGCCUUACGAUGUCUAUGAUCAGGUGGAAUUUGAUGUCCCGAUUGGGUCACGGGGUGACUGCUACGACAGGUACCUGUGUCGCGUUGAAGAGAUGCGCCAGUCGCUCCGCAUCAUCUUGCAAGCCCUUAACAAGAUGCCCGAGGGGGAGAUCAAGGUGGAUGAUGCCAAGAUCUCUCCUCCAAAAAGAGCAGAGAUGAAGACUUCCAUGGAAGCCCUUAUCCACCACUUCAAGCUGUACACAGAGGGCUAUCAGGUACCCCCUGGAGCUACUUAUACUGCCAUUGAGGCCCCAAAGGGAGAGUUUGGUGUAUAUUUGGUCUCUGAUGGAAGCAGCAGGCCCUACCGCUGUAAGAUUAAGGCUCCUGGUUUUGCCCAUCUGGCUGGCUUGGAUAAGAUGUCACAAGGUCACAUGCUGGCAGAUGUAGUGGCCAUCAUAGGAACCCAGGAUAUUGUCUUUGGUGAAGUGGACAGAUAAAUGUUGAACGCUCUUAGGCUGUGUCAGCUGAACUGAAGUCAUGGGUAAUACCCAGAGACUAUAUUUCCUUCUGCUCUGGACACUGGCUCUACCCACUGAAGAAUGUAUCUGCCAUCUUUUCUGAGACUAUCUGUCAGUAUAGUCCUGUGUGACUCUCCUUGUGGCAAACACAGUGCUUGCUAAAAAUUAAAAAAGAAUACUCUUGGCAAA